AGGGAGGGAGGGGAGAGACCCCCGCCGCCGCCUCCCCCCCUCCUCCCGCCACGGCGUCCUCCUUCCUCGCCAGCAGCAGGCUGGAGGUGGGGGGGGGUCUCUCCACGCAGCUGCCGACCCCCCCUCCGAGCCGAGGGAGAUGGAGCCCGCUGCCCCGCAGGCGGACGAGCCAAGCCUUACCUGGCCACACCUGGACGCCGCCGGCAACUAAGCGGAGAGGGGUGGGUGCUAACUUCCUACACUGCGACUCGCAGAAUUACUGCUAUAAAUCAAGAGGAUGAAUAUGGAUAAUACUCUCCCUUUGAGGUUCGAAUCUCGCCAGGCUCAAGGUUGACUCAGCCUUCCAUCCUUUCUAAGGUAACCGAAGGGCGAGGAGGACCACUUAAGCAAGAAGCACCCAGAAUUUCCCCCACACAAUGGAGAAUAUCCACGAACUACAACAUCCGCUCCUGGGAAACCCCCCGAGCAAAACCCUGCUCCCUGGAGGGAUGCUCAGCUGGGCCAGUCCCCAGGAUCCCUCUGGAUUGCUGUCCCACCGCAUGCCAUCCAACCUCUCCUGGCUCUCCCCCGGCACCGAUCUUCUUCCCAAGCAGCUCCUGAAUCCCCGCAGCCUGUCCAGGACCAUCGUCCCCUCCUCCAACCUUCCCGAAUCGAAGCUCUACCCAGAACUGUGGAAAUGCAGCAACCCCCAAAACUGGAGGAAGAAAGAUUAUAUCGAAACUGCCUUCGGGGACGGCAAAGCAGCGGGCGAACUACCACGCAAGAUCGCCCUCGAGACGGAUAUUCACACGGUUUGCUACGAGGUGGGGGACAUGGAGCUGCCCGAGGUGGAGAACGACUCCUCGAGCGACAGCGACACCGAGAGCGAAAACAGCUUCUCCAUGUUGCAGCCUCAGGAUUAUCUGGGUUUGGCGGUUUUCUCCAUGCUGUGCUGCUUCUGGCCACUAGGCAUUGCUGCCUUCUACCUGUCGCAGAAGACCAACAAAGCUUCAGCCAUAGGCGAUUAUCCCAGAGCGUGGACCGCCUCCCGUCAAACGUUUGCCCUGGCGGUCUUGUCCAUCAUCCUUGGCAUUUGCACCUACAUCGGCGCCGUGGUGGCACUCAUCGCCUAUCUCUCUAACAAGGCCCCCACCUAACCCUUUCUCCCCACCCCCUCAAUGAGCCACCCGUCACCCUGUUCCUUGCCUCCCCAUGGAGUAGGAAAGGGAAGGGGGUGACCGAAUGCAGACAUUAUUACGACACGAAGACUUAUUCCCAUACCCUGGUCUUGUGAAGAACCCAACUGGGUUGACUUGAGAUGGACCAUUUCUUGGACCAGAGAGGACACGGUGGCAGGUUCGCUUGCAAGAAACCGAAAAACGGACCGAGGAGGCUAGCAGAAACUUGGAAAAGAGCAGCCGUUGAGCUGAGGUUCAACUUCCUUGGACCUCUCCAGUUGAGAGGCAUCAACCAGUCCUUGGAGCUUUGAGGAGGGACUGUCCAGCCAAGGAGAACUCAAGGGACUUUGAAGAAGCAGGUUGAGCAUUGAUCUGGAGGAGGACAUCAGCUUAGAGAUGUUUGUUUCGCUUGUCCGGACCCCCUUACGAAGCCCCCAAUUAUCUGUGCCCCUCGGUCAUGCCUCCUUUUCUACAGAGCUACUCAAUCCGCCAUGCCUGUGAUGGUCUGAUCAUCAGGGCUUCUCAAUAAAGGGUCGAGGCCCUGCUCCCCA